GCACGUAACCCAGGCGAGGCAGACCAACCUGCUGGCCGAGCCAAGGCGGGUGAUCUUUUACACGCGCUGGCGGCUUGACGAAUCGGGAUAGGCCGGUAGGCGGGGUGCUGAUUUUCCUUUCUUUGCUUUUUAUCAUCUCGUCGCCGUCUCUCACCCUUGGCACAGCUGCCUCUUUUUUUUUUUCCUCUCUCUCACUCUCAGUCUCCCCUUCUCUCAUUAUGCUUCGUCCUUCCCUCGCCCCUCUUUAGGGCUCGGCUGCACAAUGGCUUCUUGGACUCGCGCUCGCGUCGUGUGUUUGGGCAGGUAGGAGCAGGGACGGGGAAGGCGAAAAGAAUUACGGAGAACUGAGAAGCGAGGAGGGGAGAAGGAGCGUCUUUCGACGUGAUGAACGGCAAGCCACGCCGCUGUGGGCCGGCAGGCGGACCAGCGUGUCGUGUCGAAUGGGCAUGCGGCGCUUCUAGGGUACAGCAACGUGGGAGGGGCGGACGAGCGGCGGGACCCAUCAAUUGGGCCCCUGAAGGCGGGUGGGAGAUGGGAGAGGGUGGUGCGGUGCGUUGGACGGGCCCGCGCGGCCAGCGUCAAUCAAUCAGCCGGCAGACGAGAUGGGGGGCAUGGAGCAACCCGUUCGGUUUCCAUUCCUUCGAAGGAAGGAACAGCGGCGGCGGCAGCGGCAGCAGUAGCAGCACGCAGAAGACAGUGGUGGGUCGAGCAUGCAGCAGCAUCGCUCAAGCUGGCUGGCCGGCCGACAAGGUUUUCUUGUCACAACGAGUCGUUUGUGCCGCGCUGCAACGGGGGUCAUUCUGGCUCGGGCGGCAAGCUGUCACCCAUGGCGCCGUGUCGGACGCCCUCCCCACGCUGCGGGGAGCCGUGGGCUAGGAUGAAGGGAGACUGGUGUUGGAGGCUGGCGGCUAGGCGGGUUGACCGAGGAGGUGUCCGGGCAGGCAGGUGGGCAGGCAGGUGGGCAGGCAGACAGGCAGAUGCAUGAGUGAAGAUUUUUCCUCCCCCUUGGUGGGUUUGAAGAUGACACACGGGCAAAAAGAAAAGUGCGGGCGGCAAAGGAGGGCCAGCGCAGCUUGGCUAGGCUCGAGUCUAAUUCGCACGACGGCAAGAGCUGGCCGACUUGUGGUCACCGAUCUAGGAAGUCGCGAACAUGACGGGCAUGGAUUCCGUACACCUAACCACCUACCGAAAGCGGCGCGGCCGCUAUGGUUGCCCGGAUUCGGCGUCACCUUAGUCAAGGCCAGGAUCAGCAGGCGGGAAGGUCGUAGCAGAGAUCGACUUUAUCUCUAUUAGGUAACGCGUGGCACCCUGCAAGGUUGGGGAACUCGAUCACAUUCUGGACAUCCCAUUUCUUGUGUUUUUCUUGUGCAUGCAUUUUGAUCUUGUGGUUUUCUUUCUCGUCUCGUAUUCGAGCGUCUUGUUCAUUUCCUUGUCACAAAGUGCACUUGAUCACGCUAGGUAAUGACAUGCCAUAUUACUGCCAUUAUUAUUGACGCCAUCCGCUGUCUAUUCUUA